AUGGCUUCCUUACCUCCCGCGGAGGACUCGCCUGAGACCGUCCCGGAGAAGCCUCCCGAUCGUAGGGUUAGCGGCCUAGACUUCCUUCGACCUUGCUUAGUUCCAGUCACACCAGAGCCUCUUGUUACCGCUGCUGUUGUUAAUACCGACGCUGACCCAUCGUCCAGCAAGGAGCCGCAACCGGAACCCAAUCCCGCGCCUCCUCCAGCGCCGUUUUCUCUCCCUCCCACCAUCGCGUCGUCAAGCAAGGGACCGUCACCGCCGGCCAAUCCCGCGCCUUCCCCAGCGCCCUUCACUCUCCCUCCCGCCAUCGCGUCGUCCAGCAAGGGGCCGCAACCGCCGCCCAAUCCCCCGUGUGCUCCAGCGCCGUUCAUUCUCUCACCCGCCAUCGCGUCGUCCAGCAAGCGCCUCCCUCUGCAGUUGGUAGCAGCGGCUGCAACGAUGUCGCUCCCGCGUCCGAGGGUCGUCGAUGUUACCGAGGUGGCAAAGACCGUCGAGUCCAUCACGGGCGACCUCGAGCACAGGUACCUUGACAAGACGGCGGACUUUGGUGGGUAUGGCAACGCUUGGCUCACGAAAUUCCUGCAGCUGUAUGGGAAGAAGUCGGGCCAGACGGUCAAAGUGCGGGGCGCGGAUUCGGAGGGCCGCCCGGUCAACCACUCGUACAUCCUGCACGAGAGGAAGCUGAAGGACCACAAGUACAAGAGCGGCUACAAGGCGUGCGUGAAGCUGUGCCGCAAGUUCGCAAAGGACGUCGUCGACCGUCUCCUGUUUCGCCUGGACGACCUGCGAGGGAUGGGUCCAACUAAGCUGUUUCGCGCGUCAAAGUGGCCGGAAAGCAAGCACGCGCGAGAUCGCAAGUGCCAGGACUGGCUGACAGGCUGCAGCGCCCUGUUCAAGAACAAGCUCCCUGGGUUUGAUCUCAAGAAAGCCUCGCAAGAGCUGGCGACCUGGUGCCCAAUCAUGGAGGCGCACCACGAGGACGAGUCAUUUGCGCAGGGACUGGCGAACUUCAUGGGGAGCAGCGAUGCCAACAGGUAG